UAUUGUAGGUAAGUUAGAUAUCAAAAACUGAGUGGACAGAGAGCAAAGGUCUAUCUAUCAGGUUUUGGCAAUCUUUCCGAACAUCAAUGGCGCUUCAAAGAAAGUUCUGUCCUUGUUUCCAAACACCAUGGCUCCUGCUUCCUUGUGGCCCAGUAGAAGAGGAGGAACAUGAUGACGAAGGGGAACUCGGUAUUUCCUUUUCUAAUCUGGGUGAGAAAAAGAAGCAAAGAGACGUUUGUGGGGAGAUUUAUGAAGGUUGUUGCGUUGGGUCCUCUCAUGGCUGGUUGGUGCUUUUGGACAAAACAGCAAAUCUGAGUGUCUUCAAUCCCUUUUUGGGUGCUCAAAUUCAAGUCGGUUCUUUGAAAGAAGGUUUGGAGUUUACUGAUGUUGAUGCAUGCACUGUUAAGGAAGAUCCCAGGGCCUUUGUUCCCAAAGCUAUUGUGAUGUUUGAUUAUAAGAAGAACAAGGAUGGAGUUGUCCUGAUCUAUGGAAGCAGGAAAAAGUUGGCUUUCUGUAGGUACAGAGAUGGCAGAUUCAUGGACCUUGAAGGAGCCCACCAGCCUUACCACGAUAUCAUAUGCUACGAUGAUGUGGUUUGUGCAUUAUCGGAUACAGGAUCAGUUGAAGUUUGGGAUAUUAGUGGGUCUUUUCCUACUAAGAUUAUGGAUAUGGAGCCUCCCUUUCCCUUGAAAACUGCAAACUUCGGAAGAAGUUUCAGAGAUCUUUAUUCCAUCCAUUUUUACUUGGUGGAAUCAUGUGGAGAGCUUCUGUUUAUCGUGAGGUUUAUAGGAGAAUUUGCGAAUGGAGAUGGGAAACCAGUUCGAGAGGCAGACCUCCUUGGUGAUGAGGACAUCCAACCCAAGAUUCGUCCCUAUAAGACGUUGUUGUUCCAUGUUUACAGGCUUGACCGCUAUAAGAUAAAAUGGGUAGAGAUGGAGAGCUUGGGGGAUCAAGUGGUGUUUCUAGGUGGAAACCACUCAAUGUCCUUAAGGGUUGGAGAUUGUCCAGGAUGCGUAAAGGAUACAAUUUACUUCACAGACUCUUAUUGGGAAGGAGUGGAUGAUGAUUACUCAUAUGGGGGUCACGACAUGGGGUAUUACAACUUGAGAGAUAGAAGUGUGCAGCGAUUCUAUGACACUCACCGUUGCAAGAUGAAGCACACACCCUUUUGGGUCGUUUCUAAUCCGUGGUAG